UGUGCGCGCUUUGAAUAAUUUCAUCCUUUUUGGCAAAAGAAAUAAUGCACCUGACUUUACCAGGGGGGAACUACCAGCCGAGCAGAACAAGGAACAGAUGUAAAAGGAAUAAAAGGAGAGAGAAAAAGAGAUGAGAUUCGUUUAAAGAAAUCCAGGGGCUGAAGAGGUGGACGCGGCGUCAGAGGCAGCCAGAGUGUCCCCGUCUGCGUGAGCUGCAGGCGGAGGACCUUUUCACCAGUUGCAGAUGUAAUCUCGGGAACCUCUGGGUCUGUGGGUUUGUUUGCCAAACAAAGUCUUUUCUUCUUUGGCUCAGACACUGAAGAGGCUCCUGGAUUUCUCUGCCAUCCAGCCCCAUACUGGCAGUUAGUUACCCGGGAGCCUUCCCAAGGAGCUGAGGGAGCAAUGAACCCUUCUGCGCAGAGGAUGUGCAAAGGGCGUCAGCAGCGAGGGGCUCCCUCCCGGCAGCGACUCCUGCUAACCGGGAGGAGAGGGUCGACCCACGGGCGGCAGGGCGGCGGCGGCAUCAGGGAGCGGCGUUUCCUGCUCGUGCUCUUCAUGCACGCGUGGCUGUGGGCAGCCUCGGGCUCAUCUGCCCAGGUGUUCAACCUCAGCCUUUCCGUGGACGAGGGACUUCCUCCGGACACUCUAGUCGGCGACAUCCGCGCCGGGCUGCCGGCCGCACAGCAACAGGAGGAGGGAGGCUUCUUUCUGUCGGAGGAUUCAGAUGACUCCCCGCUGCUGGACGACUUCCACGUGCAUCCGGACACUGGCAUCAUCCGCACCGCGCGGCGCCUGGACCGCGAGUUGCGGGACCACUACAGCUUCGUGGCCGCCACGCUGCUGGGCGCCGUGGUGCAGGUGGAGAUCCACGUCAACGACGUCAACGACCACUCGCCCAGCUUUCCCCGCGAUUCCCUGCAACUCGACGUCUCCGAGCUCAGCCCUCCAGGUACCGUCUUUCGCCUGCCCGGUGCCCACGACCCCGACGCCGGGCUCUUCAGCACACAGGGCUACACCCUGGUGCAACAGUCCGACCUUCCCGAGGGCCCCACAGGACCUUUCUUUCAGUUGCGCUACGGGACCCCGGGGUCACCCCUGUCGCUGCUGUCCUCGUCUCCCCUGGAGCCCCUAGACCUGGUGCUGCUGCGGCGAUUGGAUCGAGAGGAGGCGGCGGCACACGAGCUGCUGAUCGAGGCAUGGGACGGCGGCCUCCCGAGGCGCACAGGCCACCUGCGUGUGGAGCUGCGCGUGCUAGAUGAGAACGACAACCCGCCGGUCUUUGAGCAGGGCGAGUACCGCGCGGCCGUACGCGAGGAUGCCAGUCCAGGCGCCGAGGUCUGUCGCGUGCGCGCCACCGACCGUGACCUAGGGCCCAACGGUCACGUGCGCUACAGCAUCCGCACCCGGCAGACGCUGGGAGCGGAGAGCGGUGGCGGGCCCCUGGGCGACGCGGCCUACUUCACCGUGGAGGAGCUCAGCGGAGUGGUGCGCGUGCAGAGGCCACUGGACCGCGAGGUGCAGGCCUGGCACCAGCUGGUAGUUGAGGCCCGCGAUGGCGGUGCCGAGCCCGAGGUGGCCACAGUGCGCGUGUCCAUCGCCGUGCUGGACGUGAAUGACAACAGACCCGCCAUUCACCUGCUCUUCCUUACCGAAGGGGGUGCCGCGCGUGUCUCGGAGGGCGCCCGACCCGGCGACUACGUGGCUCGAGUCUCGGUGUCCGACGCUGACGGUGACCUGGAGAAAGAAGAGGAGGCAGCCCGGGAACUUGGUGUGGGUCUCGGAGGCGGGACCAUCUCGCUGUCCUUGGAGGGCGCGGAGGGAGCCUUUGCGCUGAUCCCAGGCGGUUCCCCGGGAGUAUUUUUCCUUUGCGUGGAGGGGCCCCUGGAUAGGGAGAGCCGCGACCUGUACGAUUUGCGACUGGUGGCGGUGGAUGCGGGGUCCCCACCGCUGAGCACCGAGGAGACACUGCUCCUCCGGAUCGCCGACCUCAACGACCAGCAGCCUCUCUUCAGUCAGGAGCAUUACCAGGCCUCAGUGUCCGAGGCCGCGACCCCUGGCACCGCGGUGUUGUGGGUCAGCGCCUCCGAUGCGGACGAGGCUGGCACCGGCCACGCCCGGCUGCGCUACAAGCUGCUCCACUUCCCUGGACGCUGCAGCCCAGAGGCUCUGCGGCCCACGGCGGAGUGCGGACCUUCCUUCGCUAUCGAUCCUGAAAGCGGCCUGAUCAGCACCACCAGGAGCCUGGACCGAGAGGUCCAGGAGGCGGUGGAGCUGAGAGUGAUGGCCCAAGACCUCGGAGAGCCCCCGCUGUCCGCGACCUGCCUGGUGAGCAUCACGGUGGACGACGUGAAUGACAACGAACCCAUCUUUCAGAGACAGGUGUACAACACCACCCUUGUAGAGCAUGCCCCCUCCGGAUACUGCUUUCUGCAGGUAAAAGCCUCCGACGCGGAUGCAGGACUGUAUGGCUUGGUCGAGUAUUCUCUUUAUGAUGGAUUCCAAAGCUAUAAAGCACCUCAAGCCUUCCAGAUAGACCCACAUGAUGGGCGAAUCUGUGUUUCUCAAGAUAUCGACAGGGAACAGGACCCAGCCACCUAUGAUCUCUUGGUGAAAGCUAGGGAUGGGGGCGGACUGAGUGCCCAAGCUUUUGUUCGUGUGGAAGUGGAGGACGUGAAUGAUAAUGAACCCGUGUUUAACCCAUCCACCUAUGUGACGAGCAUCAGUGGCCAGACCCAGUCGGGAACUGAGAUCAUCAAUGUUUUUGCCACUGACAGGGAUUCUGGGAUAUAUGGAACAGUGGCUUACGAGCUCCUCCCUGGCGACCUGGCAUCCCUUUUUACCAUCGACUCUACCACAGGAACUAUUUACUUAACAUCAACUCUUAGUCAUUUGGAAUCUACUACACUGAUGUUGGUGGUCUGUGCUCAAGAUGGAGGCGGGCUCACAUCUGUCAUUAAUGCCGAUGUCACAAUCCACAUUCUUCAGACAGCUCUGGCACCGGCUGAAUUUGAAAGGCCUAAGUAUGCUUUUUCAGUUUAUGAAGAUGUGCCUGAAGACAGUCCAGUUGGAACAGUGAAAGCAAAAGAGCCCUUCAAUUCCUCAGAGCCAAUUUUUUACCGAAUCUCCUCUGGUGACCUGCAAGGAAAAUUCUCUGUCCACCCGUGGCUGGGCACCAUUCGAACCCAGAUGCCUCUGGAUCACGAAAUGCAGCCCGUGUUUGUGCUCACGGUCCAGGCGCAGCUUGGCAGCUCCCCAGCCUGCAGCAGCACAGAGGUCAACAUAAGUGUAAUCGAUGUCAAUGACAACCCUCCCGUGUUUCCCAAAGCCUCAGAUGAGGUGAAGAUAUCUCACGUCACGCUGCCUGGCACAGCCUUGUACCGUGUGCAUGCUGAAGACAAAGACAGUGGCUGGAAUGGAUUUAUCCAAUACUCCAUCAUUGCAAGCCAGAACCCAAGCAUCUUUUUCAUUGACUCGAGGCUUGGGGUGGUGUACCUCAAUGACAGCCUGGGAGGUGGUGCGCCCCAGAAGCACACACUGACAGUCAUGGCCCAGGACCUCGGCAUUCCUCCUCGAACAUCCCUGUUCGUGCUGACAAUAGUUAUCGAAAAACAAGAAUCAAGCUUGUCCUUGAUUUUUGGAAAUUUGGUCUAUCAAGUGGAAGUUAGUGAGUUUCUGUCACUGACGACCCAAAUACUGCAAAUACAGGCCUACCCCCUUGGCCCAGAGCACAAAACACCCCAGAUCCUAUACUCUCUGGAACCCAGCACAGACUCUGCUGUGUUUGGUGUCCACCCUUACACAGGUUGGAUUUAUUUGCGGCGACAGCUCGACUAUGAAUCCACACAAACAUAUAGUUUUAGAGUGUUCGCCCGGAUCCCGGAGGACAGAUUGUCACAAAAUGUGAGCACUUCAGUAAUUGUUCAUGUCCUGGAUGAGAAUGACAAUUCCCCUACCUUCUUGCAUGAUGUGUUGUUUUUGAAAGUCAAGGAGAGUCCCCUUCCCCAAGGGGUAAUAGGCAAAAUUACAGCAAUUGACAGAGACUCGGGAAGGAACGGACAGCUGUCAUAUUUCCUUUUGUCUGAUGGAAAGUUCUUCAAGAUGAAUCCUCGUACAGGCGAACUUAUCAGUUGGGUGGCAUUGGAUCAUGAGCAUCAGGCCCACCAUCAGCUGACUGUGCUAGUGACCGACCAUGGCUCUCCACCGCGAAAUGCCACCAUGGUGGCUUAUGUCUCAGUGACGGACAUCAAUGAUAACAAGCCGUAUUUCCCACAGUGUCUCCCUGGAAAGGAAUUACACAUCAAGGUUUUGGAAGGUCAACCAGUAAAUAUGUUGGUUACAAAUGUGUUUGCGAAGGAUCUCGAUGAAGGAAACAAUGCAGAAGUUACAUAUUCAGUAUCUUCAGAAGAUGGUUCUGAUCACUUCAAGAUUGAUGCCAACAACGGUGAAAUAAGAACAACCGCAAUCCUUUUGUAUGAUUAUAGACCUUCCUACAGGAUAACUGUCAUUGCCAGUGACCAGGGAGUGCCUCCUCUUCAAGGACAAGCGGUUAUUAAUAUUCAGGUGAUACCACUACCCAAAGGGAGAGCUACCAUUUCUCAGAAUAUUAGACAUUUAGUUAUACCGGAAAACUUGAAGCCUGCAAAAAUCAUGAGCUUGAUAAAGUCACCUGAUCACUUUCAACAACAUCACAAUGGAAAGUUACACUUUAGUAUCGCUGCGGAUGACAAGGAUAGUCACUUUGAAAUCGACAGCUCAACAGGGGACUUGUUUCUUUCUAAGGCUCUUGACUAUGAAGUAACAUCUCAUUAUCUCUUCAGGGUGGUCGCUAACGACCAUAGCAGAACCCCUCCCCUGAACAGCACCGUCUUCCUCAGUAUUGAUGUGGAAGAUCAGAAUGACCAUUCCCCAUCUUUCCAAGAUGAGUUCAUUGUGAUAAACGUAGAAGAGAAUGUCCCUAUAGGGACCCUGGUGCAUGUUUUCAAUGCCAAAGAUGGAGAUGGCAGCUUUUUGAAUAGUAGGAUACAAUACUUCAUUGAAUCCCACCACCCCAGAAUGAACCCUUUUCUCAUCCACCCCUCAUUCGGCACGUUAGUCACUGCAUCCCCCCUUGACAGAGAGAGAGUUCCGACUGUCCUCCUGACAGUAACUGCAUCUGAUCAGGCUGUGAAUGUGACAGACCGGCGAUUAAGAUCGCUGAUGGCAAAGGUGGUGAUUUUGGAUGUAAAUGACCACAGCCCCACUUUUAUGUCUUUCCCCAUUGCUCAUGUCAAAGAGGAUGCCAUGGUGGGCUCCUUGGUGCACCGUGUCACUGCUCAGGAUCCAGAUGAAGGAAGGAAUGGAAGAGUGACAUACAGCAUCCUCUCAGGAAAUGAAAACAUGGCCUUUAUGCUAGAUGAGUCAUCAGGCUUACUAACUACAACUUGUUCUUUGGAUUAUGAAAUAAAAACUCAGCACAUCCUGACCCUUCUGGCCCAGGAUGGUGGCACCCCAGCACUUUCUUCAUCCCAGACAUUGACAAUUACUGUUCAUGACGUAAACGAUGAGGCACCGGUAUUUAAGCAGCACCUGUAUGAAGCUGCAGUUAAAGAAAACCAAAGUCCAGGGGAGUUUGUCACAAGGGUUGAGGCUACUGACAGAGAUUCAGGAAUCAAUUCUAAGCUUCAGUUUGAAAUCAUACCAGGUGCAUCGGUUGGGCUGUUUGAGAUAAAUCCUGACACCGGAGAGGUGGUGACGACCACCACCCUUGACAGAGAAGUGCAGGAAGUCUUCAUCCUUCGAGUACUUGUACGAGACGGGGGAGUCCCUUCAUUGUCCGGCACCACAACCAUUCUCUGUACUGUGGAAGAUGACAAUGAUCAUGGACCAGAGAUUAUUGUCCCCAUUCACAACAUCGAGAUUCUGGAAAACCAAGAACCAGGGGUUGUCUACACUCUUUUGGCUUCUGAUAUGGAUGCUGGCAAUAACGGAGCUGUUGAGUAUCACAUAAUUGAUGGAAAUACUGAUGAGUACUUUGCUAUUAAUAAAACGUCAGGGGAACUCUCAACCACACGUGCUUUGGACCGGGAACAGGUCAACAGUUUUGCCCUUGUCGUCCUGUGCUCUGAUCUGGGGGAGCCACCUAGGAGCUCUGUAGUGCAGUUGCAAGUUCGAGUUUUGGACGACAACGACCACAGCCCCUCCUUUCCCAUGCUUCAUUACCAGUCCUCCGUGAGAGAAGAUGCUCAGGUGGGAACAGUGGUUCUUGUGCUCUCCGCUGUGGACAAGGAUAAGGGCCUGAAUGGGCAAACCGAGUAUUUUCUUACAGAUGAGGCUUCUGGUGCAUUCACCAUUGAUCCCUCAGCGGGCAUUUUGAGAACCUGCCAGACCCUCGACCGAGAAGCCAGAUCUCAGCAUACAUUUAGGGUCGUGGCCAGAGACUGUAGCAUCCAGGGCUCAAGAAGCACCUCAGUAAUUAUAGAAGUGCAUGUCACUGAUGUUAAUGACAAUGAUCCUGUUUGGGAGCAGAACCCCUUUGAUAUUUUUCUUUCCCCUCAGUCACCUACAAACCAGACGACUGCCAUUCUGAGAGCCAAUGACCCAGACUUGGGGCCCAAUGGAACUGUUAUUUUUAGUUUUGCAGAGACCCAGUCACUAUUUUCUAUUAAUAAAUAUACAGGAGAAAUUCAACUUCAGCAGAACCCAUCUUCAGAAUAUUUUCCGAUCUGGCUGCAGUUGAAAGUUAUGGACCAAGGGGUCCCAGCUAGGACAGCCAUUGGUCUCUUGGUUAUUCACAUGGAAGGAGAAGACGUAAAACUUUCCUUCAGCCACCAUUUGUAUAAAGGGAUUGUGACUGAAAAUUGUGAGGCAGGUACUCCUAUUGUAACUAUAAAAGCUUUUGCUCCUGACUCAGUUCGAGAGAACAUUAAAUAUUCAAUUUUUAGUGGAAAUGAAGAUGGAGUUUUUUCUCUGUGCUCUGACUCAGGAGAACUCACUGUGAAAGAACCCACGUUUCUUGAUUUUGAAGUCAGAAAUGAAGUACAGCUCAUCGUUUUAGCCGAAAGUAGUGGGCAUAGAGCCUACAGCAAAGUAGCUGUCAUGAUACUAGAUGUGAAUGAUAAUUUACCAUGCUUUGAGCGAAGCUUUUACCAAGUGUCAGUGGCUGAGGGCCAGUUCUACAAUGCCCACAUCAUCCAGGUUUCUGCUACAGACCUGGACAAAGGAUUGAAUGGUCUCAUCGAGUAUUCCAUUGUCUCUGGCAACCAAGGAGAGGCAUUCCAGAUUGACGCACUGAGCGGUGUGAUAACAGCAAAUGGGGUUCUGGAUUAUGAGCUCACCAAUGCCUACAGCUUGACUGUGCAAGCCACGGAUAAAGGGAUCCCCAGGCUUUCUGGUACAAGUGUGGUCAAGAUACAGGUGGCUGAUGUAAAUGACAAUGCCCCAGUUUUUCUCCCCCUUGAAGCAGUGGAAAUAGCAGAAAAUUCUUUGCCUGGUGUAAUUGUGACUCGGAUAUCAGUUCAUGAUGUGGAUUUGAAUUCAGCUUUCAUCUUCCGUUUCGCCAAAGAGAGUAGCCCUGGAAUCAAGUUUGCUAUUGAUCAGAACACUGGAGUAGUGGUGCUAGUGAAAACACUGGAUUUUGAAGAAACUACUGAAUAUGAGCUGCUUAUCCAAAUUUCUGAUUCGGUGCACCUCACAGAGGGAACGCUCAUCAUCCGUGUGUUGGAUGUCAAUGAUAACCCACCAGUGUUUUCUCAAGAUUCUUACCAGGUCACCAUUCCUGAAUCGGUGCCCGUGGGGUACUCCGUGCUGACCGUGGUAGCCAGGGACGUAGAAAGCAACGAAUACAUUUCUUACAGAACCCUUUCAUCUCCUAAGGAAUUCUCAAUUGAUCCUAUGAACGGCACAGUAUUUACUAUCAAUCCUGUAUUACUUCUGGAUAAAAAAUCAACACUUCAGUUUCUUGUUGAAGCCAGUGAUGGUGGAAUUCCCGACCUGAGGGCUCUUACCUUAGUGGAGAUAGAAAUACAAGAUAUGAACAAUUAUGCCCCUGAAUUUGUAGUAGAAUAUUAUAACCUUAGCGUGAGUGAAGAUGCUAGAGUUGGAGGCACGCUUGUCACCUUUUCAACCACUGACCAUGACUGGACCCAUGAAAACACACAUGUUGAAUAUUCCAUCAUCAGUGGUAAUUCACAGAACAGUUUCCACGUGGAAACUAGUUUCGUUCAUUCAGAAUAUCCUUAUAAGCAAGUUGGUUACCUGGUCUUGCGUCACAAUCUGGACAGAGAAGCUUUUGCCAGUCAUAAGCUCGUCAUUCUGGCAUCUGACCACGGCUGCCCUCCGUUGAGUUCCACAGCAGUUGUGUCAAUAGAAGUGCUUGAUGUCAAUGAUAAUCCACCUAAAUUCAACAGUCUGAACUAUCAUGCCCAUGUCAAGGAAAGUACCCCCCUAGGGAGCCACAUCACUGUGGUCUCAGCCAGUGACUGUGAUAUGGGUUCACAUGCAGACGUCAUCUACCACAUAAUCACUGGAAACGAGAAGGGGCAUUUUCACUUAGAACAGAAAACUGGAGUUCUUUACUUGAUUAAACCUCUUGAUUACGAAGAAACAAUAAAAUUCACUUUAACUAUCCAAGCUUCAGAUGAAGAAAAGAAACAUUUUUCUUUUGCAGUUGUGUUUGUCAAUGUCCUAGAUGAUAAUGAUCAUGCACCUCAGUUUAUGUUCUCCAGCUUGAACUGCGUUGUUCCUGAAAAUCUGCCUGUUUUCUCCACCAUAUGUUCUGUGACUGCUUUGGAUUUUGAUGCAGGCCCUUAUGGAGAACUGACCUAUUCUAUCAUAUCCCCUUGUUCUAGCACUCACGGGGUGCCUCAGGAUCGUGACCCCUUCCUCAUUGACCCGCUGACAGGGGAUAUUCGUGCUCAGCACACCCUUGACUACGAAAAUGACAAUAAAUACUGCCUCACAGUUCAGGCAAAAGACAAAGGUGACUCAACAGCCUCCUUAACGGUUUGGGUGGAUAUUGAAGGGAUUGAUGAGUUUGAACCCAUUUUCACUCAAGAUCAAUAUUUUUUCAACUUCCCAGAGAAGAAUAACAUAAGACAGGUGAUUGGCAGAGUGGAAGCAUCAGACGCAGAUGCCGGUAUCGAUGGUGUUAUUCUUUACUCCCUUGAAAUGCCAUCUCCUUUCUUUUCGGUAAAUAAAACGAAUGGAAAUAUUUAUUUGACUAAAGCCCUUCCCUUAAUACGAAGUCAAGUCAGCAAAGAGGACACCAUUGAAAUGAAAAUAAUUGCUCAUAGCCCCAAACAGGACUCCAGGUUCACAUCUUGUACUGUUUUUGUGAACGUGUCUUUGUUCUCAGAAGGAAAACACUGGGCAAUGUCAGCUAGCAGCUUCUCAAUCAGCCUCACCGUCUCCUUUUUAGUGUUCCUCUUACUCGUCUUCAUUCUCAUUGUCCUGAUUUUAAGACAUAAGCGAAAAGACACAGCAAACAAUUAUGAAGAAAAGAAGACGUCAUCAUCCUUAGAUAUCGAUUUGAGACUGACCAAGGAUGCCAGCCUGCUCAAGCCCUUCCAAAAGACUAAUGACCACAGCAAUGAGGCCACGCCCGUGGACCCCAUGCCAGAAUGGCUGAGUUUAAUAAGCAUCAUGGACAAGGACGUUGUAAAUCUGUACAGGCACUCAAACUCCAGUGGCCACUGUUCUGUAGAAGGAGAAAGUGCCGAGGAUAAGGAGAUCCAGAGGAUAAAUGAGCACCCUUACAGAAAGGACUCUGGCUCAGCUCUGAGUGACCGGGACUCCAGGGUGCCAGACUCUGGAAUCCCAAGGGACUCGGACCAGCUCUCCUGCUUGUCUGGGGAGACCGAUGUGGUGGUGGUCCCUGUCGAAACAGCAGAAACCAGCCAGACAUUUGAGGAAGGGCAUGGAGGAGAGGGUUGUGGCACAAGCUAUGUUCAAAAUCAUGUGUUACCCCAGACACUGAAGAAGAGAGAGGUGAAAGUGGGCAUCCUGGCUGAGAUCAGAAAAGAAUCUGUUUUUGUUUCAGGUGAUCAGGAAGCAAGAUGUGCAGCUCUUUCAACCCAGAGAACCUCUGAUCAUGAGGUGAGAGGCGACUAUCACUGGGAUUGUCUCCUCAGUUGGGAACCCAAGUUCCAGCCUCUUGCCUCAGUAUUUAAUGAUAUUGCAAAACUGAAGGAUGAACACUUACAUAUGCCUGGCAUUCCCAAAGAGAGGAAAUCUUUUGUUUUUCCACCACCGUUGAUAACAGCAGUAGCACAACCGGGGAUUAAAGCAGUUCCACCAAGAAUGCCAGCCAUGACCCCAGGGCAAGUACUUCAAAAAUACCCACACUCCCCAUUUCUCUACCAUCUCAAUUCUCUGCCAGAAGCCAUGACUCCCAGUUUCUCUCCAUCUCUUUCCCUGCUGACCUCACAGACCCCUGCCCUGAUGCCGCUGUUGUCAAAUGGAGAAUUAUUAGGAACACGUCUAAGUGAUGCAUGCCUUGAACUUAAAGCAGAAGAUGAAGUUCAAGUAUAAAAUGGUUGUGAUGUCAAGCAUCUGCUCACCAUUGGUCAUAAAUGACUGAACAGAACAUUCUUAAGCAAUCUCCUCGAGACUGGGUGUGUUUUGUCUACAAGUGAGUGAUUUAAUUUAGUCAGGGUUUUUAGAACUUCCUCAUUUAAAUUUCUCAAGUUUCUUCCAGCCUUAAUGAGGAGUUAUCCCCUCUUUUAGCCUUUAUGUUUUACUCUCAGGACUCUUUUGUAUAUAUUAAGUAGUACAUAUUCUGUCAUACAUGGUUUUCUGUAUGAUUAAAUUUCCAAAGGACGCAAUGAAUUUCACUGAUUCCUAACACGUUUAUAUGGAAAUAAAGUACAGGUAUAGUACACUCAGUCACAUUACUGCUGAUUAAACUGCUACAUCUAAAAGGAAUUAGUAAAGACUGAUUAAAGAAUGAGUAUAGGGGCCGGCCGAGUGGCGCGAUGGUUAAGAAUGAGUAUAGGACAGAAACUAACAGAGGGUAAAAUUGAAAGAACAAACUUAAGUUUUAAAGUGAAGCAAUUUUCUGUAGAUAAGAUGUAUUUAGCGAUGCAUUUCUCCACUCUCCCCAUUGGACAUCCUUGUGGAGCUUAGCCAUAAUUUGAAUUUUAACGUGGUGUCUUUUGGAAAUUGAAUGAGAAAUUAAGAAUGAAAUUUGUCAUAACUCGGUGCCAAAUAAGAAAAUAAGUCCUGAUUAAAUGAACUAGGAAUGUUUGUUUUUGACAGAGGUACAGGAUUGAUAAAAACAGUAAGAACAUGGUUGGCUGUCACCUAAGACAUGUUUCCUGGGCCCUCUUUACAAAUAUUAAUAGAAUGAUGAUUUUUGUUUUAAUGCGCUGUCUUGUAACAUAGUAUGGGCACAGACAUUAAAGUUUGAAGAUUAAUUCGUAGGUAUUCAUUUUAUUUUCUUCUAGAUAUAGUAACUUUUGGUGAGAAAUAAUUUAUCCACUCAAUGUCAGUUUUAAGAGUUUGCAUAGAUAAAAUUAUGUUAUUAGCUAAUAAUUUUAUAUAGUAAUUUAGCAAUAUAUUUUUAAAUGGAGAUUUUUUUACAUAAAUAUUUCUACUAUAAAGUGAAGGGUGUAUGUCAGAAGCCUUUUUUUCCAUUUGUUCAUACCCUUGUUUAGCUUUAACUGUAAUUAGAUAGAGCAGUUUGGCAACACAGUUAAAAUAACUUUGUUUUGUACGGCUGUUUCAGAAAUAUAGUGGUGUUGUGUGGUCUCACAUAUAAUGCUAUAUUCUCUCUGGUGAGUUAAAGAUUCUUAUCCAUUCCAGGAAAGCAGUGGACAUCCCAAUGAUGGUGGUCCAGAAUUCAUCCAUGGUAGGCAACAUGGCCAGUCUUUGGAAUAAGAGUUUAGGAUUCCAAUGGGCAUCUAGUAUGGUUUGCUUAGUGGCUAGUGUCGCCUUCUGUUAUAGAAAUAUUUCCUUUAUGGUUUUUUUUCAAUAGACCUCAUCUGUAAAAUUAUGUGAGAUAACUCAUUUCUCUUUACUGAAAAAACAUUGCAGGAUGUUGUGUUUGAUAUCUACUUUUGUACGUAAAUAAUUCUAAGGUUUCCUAUGCUGAUUUCACCAAUUAUAUAUCUUUUCUGACUCUUAAAUUGAGAACAAGUGUAUAAAACCACAUUAGAAAUUGUAUAAAACAUGAAGGGAUUUGGACAAGCCUGGAAUCCUCGGGAAAGUCGUUUGGGCACGGAACACUUAACUAUUAAAGGGUGAUGCAUGUCUCUCCUUUUUUGUCAUGGCAUCUGGAGAAGAAGAUUUCAUGGUUUUUGUAAAAAAAAAAAGUCAUUUAAUCAUUUCAGUGUUCUAAUAUUUAUUCUCUCUUUGACUCCCUUCAAAAGAUUACUUUGAGCAUACAAAGAAAUUUUAUACUGAUUGUUUUUUCCUAAUUCUAUAUGGAAGUUUUGUUUUGCAACAGAAUUAUUUCUUGAAAACCAAGAACGUUUUCUUGUUUUUAAUUAAACAGGUUAUUUACUUAUGCUUAAAGAGUUAUCCAUCAUCUAACUCUUCCUUAAGUUAUUUGCCUGUGAUUUAUUACUCAUUCUGGACAUGAUUCGGCAUUUUUUUUCUAGGCAUUUAAUAAAAACAGACGGCAUGAAGUAUUUGGAGCCUAGCAGAUUUUUAAUUGAUGACUUUAUUAAUACUGUAUCCAAUGCCACACCACCACCAAACAAAUGCUACAAGUGGGGUAGAGAGUAAAAAUGUGAACUUGCUGGUUAAGUGUUUGCAAUAAAUCAUAU